AUGUCGAAGCAGGACUUGGGUGAUAAGUUGAUGGACCAGUUGACCUUCCAAGAUUCUGCUGACGCUUUAGAGAGAUCCAUCUUUUUCAAGCUUGAUGCUUUCCGAAGAUCGAAAAAAAGCCUCAAGCCGUCGCGCAGCGACACGAAACUCAUGGCGGAUGACCAUGCCGAGGCAGACUAUGCGCAGGCGGAAGCUGCACCCAGUCUGGCCAUCAUUUCUGAUGGACCAUCCCCCAUGGGGGCUGAGCUGCUGGAUGCCUGCGAACGCGGCGACCUUGGUCUUGCCUCCCUGGCGCUGCAGAAGGGCGCGUCGCCCAGAAAAGCGGGGACGCACGGGCGGACGCCCUUGCAUCUGGCCGUGUGGAGCUCCAUCGCGGACCCGCCUUCGUCGGUGAAGUUGUCCCAGCUGCUGAUCCAGUCCGCGGCAGAUGUGAACGCCCGGGACCGGGACUCCAACACUCCGCUGCAUCUUUGUGCCUUGAGCAACGAGGGGAUUUGGCCUGCCAGGCUGCUGUUGGCGUACAAAGCAGAUCCGAUUCUCCGGAAUCGCCAGGGACUGCUGCCGUCUGAUCUCAUCAUGUGCCACCAAGUGCCUUGCGUGGCGGAUGGAUGCGAGGUUGAUCGUCAGAGGUCCGUGGCCAAGGAGUUCUUCCGCUGCCACGAGCGUCAACGAUUCCGAGAGGUCAUCGGACACGUCAAGGACGGCUUCGUAUUUCUGCCCUUUGAGGAGCUGACAUUUCAGCCAGCCUGGCUGGCCUCCGGGCUUCCCUUCUCCCGUCACUUGUGUGUGGUUUCGGAAGACGUUCUGCAACAAGCUCCGACCCUCCAUGCGAUUCUGGAGCACUUGGCCGAGGUGUUCAAUCUUCAACCUGUGAGAUGUCUUCUCAACUUGUAUAGACAUGGUGGCGACUUCUGCAAUCUCCAUGCAGAUCAGUACCAAGGUGAGGAGAAUUUUAGCGUCGGCAUUUGCUUUGGAGAGGAGCGCCAGCUGCUGUUCGAAGAGAACGGAGAGAAAAAGGCGCAGUGGACGCUCCCCCACCGCAACGGCGACGUGUUCGCCUAUGGCAAGGCCCUGAACGGCGGCUGGAAACAUGGAGUGCCACCGACCUUGGAGGUGGAGGAGCCCAGUCUCGUGGUGAUGCUUUGGGGCCAAAGAGGUGGCCAAGUGGAGUUGCCAAUCUCUCUGACAGGUUCCUUUCCGAUUCUCUUCGAGGAUCCUGACGCGAUGAGCUCCGAGCCCCGACAAUGUGAGGUGUGCAACCGCAUGGCCGAACGCAGUGGGGGUCGCUAUGACUUGGACGGCCACUGGAGCUGUCGGAAAUGCGCCCUGCGCAGCGAGCUGCUGGGCUGGCGGCCGUGUGCCGCCGCCGCUGCGGAGGUUACGGACGCCGUGACCGUGAGGACGGGUCAAACAGCGCUGGCCAUAUUGGUGGGUCAAAGAACCUGCCUGUGGCGCCGAGCAGUUUUCCCAGAUGGAUGGUACGCGCUCCACGUGGCCCGGCCCGGCCUCGAGAAGGAUAUCGACCCGCCGGAGACGCUGCGAAGUUUGCCGCCGGAGAAGGAGCUGCCGCACCAGGCGGUCGUGGGUUUGCUUUGCCUCCAACGUGAGCGGGUGAGUGUUUUUCAGCAGAAAGGCCACUGGAAGGGACCACUUCAGAAGUACAGGAUCACCAAGACCAUGCCUCUGAAAGACCCGUGCCCCACGCGCUCCCCGGGUCUCCCAGACUGCCCCUGGCGCCUCACCGUGCGGAAGAAGGUGCUGGAGCUGGCGCAUGACAUGCGAGUGCUGGAGAAUGUUCACGAGGAGCCGGAGCUCUUGGAGCCCCCGGAGCCCGAAACGCGCAAAACUUGGGACAGCACUUGGUCGACUUGGAGCUGGUGGAAUGGAUGGGAUGAUUGGUCAGGUGCCCCUCGCUGGAACUGGCACUGGAAGGAUUCCUGGAACUGGGAGGACUCCUGGAAAGCUCAAGGUUCAUCUUCCGACCAUGAAGGAAGGUGGGGCCUAGCUUCGGACUGGUCUGAGUCUUUGUGUGAGAUGACCGCGGCCACGCCUAUGGCACAGCUCACACCGAGGACGGGGCUGCCCAUUGACUGCACCAACGAGUAUGGCAAACAGAUCUUUGCGCAGUACGGCGCAGAGACUGGGACGUAA